AUUGCCCUCCACUUGGUCUGGAGACAUUAAAAAUUACUGACUUCCAGCUCCACGCCUCCACAGCCAAGCGCUACGGCCUCGGGGCCCACCGGGGCAGGCUCAAUAUUCAGGCAGGUGUUAACGAAAAUGAUUUUUAUGAUGGUGCUUGGUGUGCAGGAAGAAAUGACCCCUACCAGUGGAUUGAAGUAGAUGCUCGAAGGCUGACAAAAUUCACUGGAGUCAUCACGCAGGGAAGAAACUCCCUCUGGUCGAGUAACUGGGUGACCUCUUACAGAGUGCUGGUGAGCAAUGACAGCCAUGCGUGGACCGCGGUCAGAAACGAAUCUGGAGAUGUGAUUUUCGAAGGGAACAGCGAGAAGGAGAUCCCGGUGCUGAACAUGCUGCCGGUGCCGCUGGUGGCGCGGUACAUCCGCAUCAACCCCCGCUCCUGGUUCCAGGAGGGCAGCAUCUGCAUGAGGCUGGAAAUCCUGGGCUGCCCCUUGCCAGACCCAAAUAAUUAUUACCACAGAAGAAAUGAAAUGACAACCACAGACAAUCUGGACUUCAAGCAUCACAACUACAAGGAAAUGAGGCAGUUGAUGAAAACUGUGAAUAAAAUGUGCCCAAAUAUCACAAGAAUUUACAAUAUUGGAAAAAGCAACCAAGGACUGAAGCUGUACGCCGUCGAGAUUUCUGACAACCCAGGAGAACACGAAGUUGGGGAGCCAGAAUUCCACUACAUCGCGGGAGCUCACGGGAACGAGGUGCUGGGYCGGGAGCUGAUCCUUCUGCUGAUGCAGUUCAUGUGCCAGGAGUACCUGGCUGGGAACCCACGCAUCGUUCACCUCAUCGAGGGCACGAGGAUCCACCUGCUGCCCUCAGUGAACCCUGACGGAUAUGACAAAGCCUACAAAGCGGGUUCAGAAUUGGGGGGCUGGUCUCUAGGACGGUGGACUCAGGACGGCAUUGACAUCAACAAUAACUUCCCUGAUUUAAACUCUCUCCUCUGGGAGUCAGAAGAUCAGAAGAAGAGCAAAAGGAAAGUUCCAAACCAUCACAUCCCGAUCCCUGACUGGUACCUGUCAGAAAAUGCCACUGUGGCAGUGGAGACACGAGCAAUCAUAGCCUGGAUGGAAAAAAUCCCUUUCGUGCUGGGUGGCAACUUGCAAGGGGGAGAGCUGGUGGUGGCCUAUCCCUACGACAUGGUGAGAUCCAUGUGGAAAACCCAGGAUUACACCCCCACGCCCGACGACCACGUCUUCCGCUGGCUGGCGUAUUCCUACGCCUCCACACACCGGCUGAUGACGGACGCCAGGAGGAGAGCCUGCCACACCGAGGACUUCCAGAAGGAGGAUGGCACUGUCAACGGAGCCUCCUGGCACACCGUGGCUGGAA